AUGUUCCGAAAUCCAAAUAAUGUGUUCAUAAAUACCGCAUGCCCGGAUCUAACUAAGAAUGGAGUGUGCAAUGUGGUCAACUGUAUCUUUAAGCAUCCGGUUUCAUCGCAAAGAAAACGAAGUGAAAGUCCUCAAGACCGAGAUACAAAAAGAGUAAAGAUAGAUGCUGAUUCUGCAACUCCAACAAAGCAGGACAAGAAAGAAUCACCACCAGAGACACCUAAAAUCAAAGAUGUACUGUUUGUUGUACCAAAAGCACUCAACAAUGGUGCCAAUAUUCAGCGAAUUGACCGUAUCGAAUCAGCUAAGAAGAUACUGAAGCACUUGGAGAAAACAAACGCCAGUCCUACUCCCAACAAGCUGGCAAUGAAUAGGGAGCUAGAAAUCGCAAGUUCAAGCAAGAAUGAAAAAGACUACCGUGAAAAAGUGGAUAAGUUUCUUGGAAUUCACUCUCAGCAGUCUCCUAGGAAUGAUCCUCAACAUAUUGUACCUUUAGAGGUCAAUCCAGCGCCUGCAAUGCGGCCAGUUCGGAAAAAGUACAUCGAGCAUUUGGUGGAAGCGAUCAAGAGAACAGAUCCCGAGAACAAAACUCCAAUUUCUACGGCUAUUGAAGAAGAGUUCAAGAUAGCAAGCACCAAUUCCACGACCACAUACAAUAUCGCUGUGAAGCGGAGGCUCUAUGCCAUUAACCACCCAGAGAGGGUCAAGGUGGCUGCUCCGGUGAAAAUAUCCCCAGCAGAGUACCUCCAUGAACUUCGUGCACUUUGCAUUCCUAAGGAAAAGCUCAUCAAAUUCGGAUUCAUCAUGGAAACACCAGAAGAUAUAGACGGACCUAAGAACGAAAGAGUUUGUCACAGAUGCAAGCAAGAGUUCAAAUUGAGCGAAGUAAUGACAGAAGUUGAUUGCCGGUACCAUUCAGGCAAAAUCAUCAAGAAUCAACUGGGAACUAGAAUUUACUCGUGCUGUGGUGGAGUAUUGGGAGAAACAGACACAGAUCCAUGUGCAAAAUCUAACCAUCAUGUUUUCUACUGGCAGGGUCCACAAGAAAUGCAUCAUGCCCAACCAUUCAAACACACGAAGAAACUUUGGGGAGUUAGAAAGGGAAGUUUGGAUGCCGUGGGAAUAGAUUGUGAGAUGGGAUUCACCAGUCUAGGCUUUGAAUUGCUUCGUAUCACUGCUAUAGAUUUCGUCUCUGGAGAGGAAGUUUUCGAUAUUUUAGUCAAACCAAAAGGACAAGUACUCGACCUCAAUACUCGGUGGUCAGGAAUUGCUGAGAUCAAGGAAGAAGCACUUAUGUUUGAGAAUGCUAUUGAGUUAUUGGGAGAAAUUGUUGACAGCAAAACGGUGAUGAUAGGCCAUGGUCUUGAAAACGAUAUGAACACUAUGAGGCUCAUUCAUGAGAAUAUCGUUGAUACGGCAGUGUUGUACCCCAAACACAAGGCUACUCCUACGUUUAGGUAUUCAUUGAAACAGCUAGCAUUUGAGUGUCUUGGACGGAACAUUCAAGGGGGCCAACAUGAUAGUUCUGAGGAUUCGCUAGCAGCCAUAGAUGUCACCAAGCAUUUUAUUGCGAAGGACAUCGCACUCAAAGCACGUCGCAGGUCAGCUUGA